CGGGUUGGCCGUGCGGUCGGUUUCUGCGCCUGCGCACUCUGGUGUCGGCCCGUCAUUAAUUAUUUACACCUGGUUGCGCCAAACCGCUGUGGCGGGCUCGGUGGUAUCGUGAAGAACAAGCGGCCGGGCUGCACUCUGUGUCGGUAGGACGGGGGGGAUUUGGUUGUCCUGUCCGCAUACCGUUUUAUUUUUGAGCAGGUGUUAAGGCCCACAUAGGAGAGAGACGGAUGGCUCAGAAGAUAAACGAGGCGCUGGAGCACAUAGCGGCCGCCGAGAAAUGUCUGAAAACAGGCUUUUUAAAAUGGAAACCGGAUUAUGAUGGUGCAGCAUCUGAAUAUGCAAAGGCAGCUGUUGCAUUCAAAAAUGCAAAGCAGUAUGACCAAGCUAAGGAUGCCUACCUAAAAGAAGCCGAGUCACAUCAGAACAAUAGAGCUUUCUUCCAUGCUGCUAAAGCUUAUGAACAGGCUGGAAUGAUGCUGAAGGAAAUGCAGAAGUUGCCUGAAGCAGUUCAGCUCAUUGAGAAAGCCAGCAUGAUGUUCGUAGAGAACGGAACACCUGAUACUGCUGCCAUGGCGCUAGACCGUGCUGGAAAGCUGAUAGAAAAUGUAAACUUGGAAAAAGCUGUUGACCUUUACCAACAAGCUGCCUCAGUAUUUGAGAAUGAAGAGCGUCUACGUCAGUCUGCUGAAUUGCUAGGAAAAGUUUCAAGGCUGCUUGUCAGGGCUCGGAGGCUUGAUGAAGCAGCAACAUCUCUUCAGAAGGAAAAGAAUAUCUAUAAGGAAAUUGAGAAUUACCCAACAUGUUUUAAGAAAACAAUUGCACAAGUGUUGGUUCACCUACAUAGGAAUGACUACGUAGCUGCAGACAAAUGUGUUCGAGAAAGUUACAGUAUACCAGGAUUUAACGGUAGUGAGGACUGCAUUGCCUUGGAGCAACUGCUGGAAGGAUAUGAUCAGCAAGACCAGGACCAGGUUUUUGCUAUCUGUAAUUCAGCACUCUUCAAGUACAUGGAUAAUGAUUAUGCCAAGCUCUCUCUGAGCUUGAGAGUUCCUGGAGGAGGAACCAAAAAGAAGUCACCUAUGCAACAAGAAGCUGGCGAGUCUGCACAAAAGCAGCCUGAUGGUGUUGAAGAAGAGGAGGAUGACUACUCCGCUGGAUUGUGUUAAUUGUGGACGAAUCUUGUUUGAUGUCUCUUGGAUUAAUCUGAACUGCUAUGAAGUGGUGAAGGCCAAAGCUCAGAAGGAAUCAUUUUCCAUCAUAACUCCAUGCUUGUUUAGUUGUCAGCCUGUAACCUGUGAGAUUCUGAUUUGUAUAGGAAUGGUGCAAGUGCUAGAUUAAUUUAAACAUUGUGAAGUAUUUAGAUUUGACUAACUCUGCAUUAUAAUUUGAUAUUCUUAAGUGUGCUUUUUAUUUUGAAAUGUAAUCUUGAAAAUGCAGUUUCUUUUGGUUCUAAAUAGGUUGUUUUAAAUCAGUGUAAUUAAUCUUACUAUUUUAUAAGAAUAUUUCCUCAAUGUCAUGCAUCCUAAAUCAAUGUAAUUUAUUAUUUAUUGUAUAGGUUCAACAGCAGAUUUAUCUUCAGUUUAGUAAGACCUUGAUUGAUGACAUGGAACUUUGUAGAAAAAAUGCUGAAAUAUUUCUGUCUGGUUUAAUUUUCCAAUUAACAUUAUAGAUUUGAAAUACUAUUGUACAGUUACCAAAAGGAUGCUGUAUCCUUAAGGCUGCAUAUCAUGUUAGUCUUCUGCAUUUAUGCCAUGCUGUGAGAACAUAUGCCUGAAAAUGAAGUUUGUAUAUGUUUUCCAAUAGAAUUCAGUGUUUAUGGUUUAUCAUUGUAAAUGUGUAUAUAUAGUCUAAUUCAAUUGCUGAACAAUGGGCAUGUUUCAACUAUUGUCAAUUAAUGUAUCCUUUGUGACUAUUACCAACUUGCAAAAAGUUUAUUUUGUAAGUGCAUUUUUAAUGUUAGUCCUUUUAUCUUAAAUGAACACUGCCAUCAAUAUCUGCAGUGGCUUUCAGUUACUUCAUGAUAUAAAUAUCAACACAGGAACAAAAUAGUAAUUUCCUUGCCUUGCUGCCACUAAAACAAAAAUCAGAUUUGCAAGAGCCUGGUAUUCAUUAUCUAUCCGUAUUUGGCAAUGAUGUUGCAGUGUAAACAUAAAGCUGCUUUGUUAUGUACACAAGUUUGAAAUCUCGUUCAAAGUAAAGUAUUCUACACUUAAGUAAUA